GUGGUCAGAAGUACACAGUCAUGACAAAAUAAAUAAAUAAUUUGUCAUGUACACAGUCAUUGCCCGCCGAUCGCACUCGCACGACGCACACUCACACGCACAAUCGCAUUUGCAGCUGUCUGCCCGUCCGUCUUUCUCGGCUAACUAUUUUUAUAUUGAUAUUUUCGUGUGUUCAAUAUUAAUAUUAUAUUCAAUACUAAUUGUUUGGUGCUUGUAAGUACUGCACUACUGCGCUGAAUACCGAACCGUCUGCUCAAGCCGCACUAUUUUCAGUUUUUUAGGCAUUAAAAUCCUGAACUCAAUAUUAUAUCCUCAAUUCACAAUGGAAAACGCAACGCUAAUACCAGAAUCCAGAAGAUGUGAACCAGCUAAAUACGAGUAUAAAAAAACAUCUUAUUCUGAGUUAUUUGAAGUAUUACAAUCCUUACGCAAAUGCGAGAUUUUUUGUGAUAUUAAACUUGAAACGGAAGAUAAAAAAAUAAUAUUCGCACACAAAGUGGUUUUAGCAUCGGCUAGUCCAUUUUUCCAUGCAAUGUUCACAAAUUUUGCAGAAAAAAAUCAUGAUCUUGUUGUUAUGAGAGAGAUUGAUUCAACCGCUUUACAGCUAUUAGUAAAUUUUAUUUAUUCGGGGGCUAUCGUGGUCACUGAAGAAAACGUUCAGGUUUUGCUACCAGCGGCAAAUCUGUUACAGUUACAAGAAGUAAAAGAUGCAUGUUGUGAUUUUUUAGAGACACAACUCUGCUCUACAAAUUGUAUCGGUAUAAAAGAAAUAGCUGAUUUACAUAGCUGUACGAAAUUGUUAACAAAUUCAGAAUUAUAUAUUCAACAACACUUUUCAGAAGUAGCUGAUAGUGAAGAAUUUCUAUCCUUAUCAUACGAACAAGUAGUCAAGUUGAUCUCUAGUGAUGAACUUAUAGUUCCAUCUGAAAAAAAAGUAUAUGAAUCUGUUAUUCGAUGGGUCAAACAUGAAUUGGGUUUAAGAAAAACUAUUUUUCCCCAAUUAAUGGAACAAAUACGUUUACCAUUAAUAUCAAAACAUUACAUUUUAAAAAAAGUAGUUGAGGAACCUCUUAUUAAGAAUUGUUUUAAAUGUAAAGAUUACAUAAUUGAAGCAUUACAUUUUCAUAUACUCAAUUCAGAAGAGCUUAUUCCACAAAACAUCCGGAAUAGACCUAGGAAUAUACAUGGAGAUAAAGUUAUUUUUGUUGUUGGUGGAUGUGAAAAUGAAUUAAUUGGGAGUACAGAAUGGUACGACCCAAAAAUGGACCGAUGGCAUUAUGGACCAGAAGUGAUUACAAGCCGUAGAAUAAGAGCUUGUCUAGCAACAGUGAAAAAUAAUUUAGUGUUUGCCGUGGGUGGUACUUUGGAUGAUUGUUCAUCUCUUCAAUCUGUUGAUGUGAUAGAUUUAUCAUCAGAAUCACCGUGUUGGAAACCAACUUAUGAGAUGAUACAAGAACGAGAGUAUUUUGGAGUUGGUGUGAUAAAUGAUUAUCUAUAUGCCGUUGGCGGAUAUAGUGAUAAUUAUUAUUUUAAUAGUACAGAAGUUUUCGACUACAAUAUUCAAGAAUGGCGGAUGGUAUCUAGUAUGGCUACUAGAAGAUCUGGUUUAGGGGUUGGAGUACUGAAUAAUCUUUUAUACGCGGUAGGUGGAUAUAAUCGCUCUUCAAGGCAGGGUUUAAACACUGUUGAAUGUUAUGAUCCCAGUUUUGAUACAUGGAAAUGGGUUGCAGAAAUGUUUGUACGCCGCAAAUACGUGGGAGUAGGUGUAUUGGAUGGUGUACUGUAUGCUGUGGGUGGUCAGGAUGGAUCAAAAACACUGAGAAGUGUUGAAUCAUACAGACCAAGUGUAGGAGUUUGGACUUCUAUUGCAGAUAUGCAUUUGCCUCGAAGAGAUGCAGGAGUAGUUGCAUUAAACGGUUUAUUGUAUGUUGUCGGUGGCAAAAACGGAACUUCUAGUUUGAGUUCUGUUGAAUGUUACAGCCCAUAUACCAACACUUGGACUAUGAUGAAAGUGCCAAUGAAUGUUGCACGGGCUUCAGCAGGAGUAGUAGCCAUUAAUAAGCCACGACUUUUUAAUACUUGUUAGAAUUCAUGAUUUUUUUUUUUUUUAAAUACGAUAUAACAUGCAAUAUAAAUUUUUUCUUAUA